AUGGCGUCUAGAGGGGGUGCACGAGGCGGCCGCGGCGGCGGUUUCGGUCGCGGUGGUGGCCGCGGCGGCUUUCAGCAGCGCGAUGCCGGCCCUCCGGCCACCGUCGUUGAGAUGGGCACCUUCGUUCAUGCCUGCGAGGGCGAGAUGGUAGUUGCGUCGACCAACCCCAAGAUUCCUCACUUCAACGCUCCGAUCUACCUCGAGAACAAGACUGCGAUUGGCAAGGUCGAUGAAGUACUCGGGCCUAUUAAUCAAGUCUACUUCACGAUCAAGCCUUCCGAGGGUGUUCAGGCGACCUCUUUCAAGCCCGGCGACAAGUUCUACAUUUCGACCGAGAAGCUGCUUCCCACGGAGAAGUUCCUUCCUAAGCCCAAGCCCCCGCCGAACGCGGCCAACAAGGUCAAGAAGCCCGGUCAGAAGGGUGGUGCUGCCGGUCGGGGCGGCCGCGGCGGUGCGCGCGGUGGUCGCGGUGGCGGCCGCGGCGGCGCUCGUGGUGGUGCCCGUGGCGGUGGUGCCGGUAGGGGUGGUCGCGGCGGCGGUGGUUUCUCGCGCGGUGGUUUCCGUGGUGGCCGGGGCAAAUGA